AUGGCCACGAACUACCAACUUACUUUGUCCGACGAAUCAAAAGAGAGAAUCAUGAAGCUCGUUGACUGGUCAAGAACCGUCGCACACUACGGCUUUAUUCCAUUCAUCUUGUACUUGGGUUGGAAGAGCACUCCAAACAAGCCAAACUUGUUCAACUUGUUGAGUCCUUUUCCAUCUGCCUAA